AGAAGAAAGAAUGAGAAAGCCGCUAUCUAUGCAGAUGCAGUUCGGCGGACGGCAGAAGUUGUAAAUAUCAACAAACAGCCCAUUAGCUCCUUCCCUUGCUUCGUCGUCCUUCUCCUUCUCCUUCUGUUUUAUUGCUCUUUCCCGCCAAUUAAAAGCCACAGAAAAUGAGGUUGUUGUGGAAUUUGCGUAACUUGGUGUCUUGCUGCGCGCCGUCGUUCGCACGUCCGGAGGUGCCGACCGUUCCACCUCGCAAAAAGACGCGCUCUCUGGUGGUGCAAUCCGGUGGCGUGACCGUGAGCGAGCGCCUCCCUUGCAGAAAACGCUCCAACUCCGCCACGACGACUCAGUGGCGACCUUCGCUUUGCGCGAUUUCCGAGGACAACAUCGUCGCCGUCGUGGCAACUAAAGCAGAACAAAAGCUUAGAUCCGGCAAGAAAGUGGCGAGAAAGUCCGGAUCCAGGGAUAAAGCCUGCGUCCGUAGCUACAGCGACGAAUUCCGGCGGUCUCCAAUGCCAACGGCCAUUCCAGCAUUCUCUCCGACGGCAUUCUUGUUCUGAUCGUUGCGGGGAGACCACCCAACCAAUCCAAGCAUUUCGAUUUCAUGAAUUGAUGUAUGUAUUCAUUAACUUCAUAUAUACGAAAAUGUUGUAAAGCCGGCCGGUAGCAGUGUUGUUGUAAAGAAAUCGAUUUCAGUAACCGUGUUUCUUUUCAGCUAGCGUUUACAAUCAA